AUGAUGCGCACCGCACGGCCCGUCCUGCAGGGUGGACUAACUAAGUCUAAUUUAUUAACAUUAUUAUCUGAUUAUUUAUUGAUCGUUUCGUUUACAGCAUCCUCUGACAGGUCUGUAAUUGCUGGCACCAUGGCGACCUUCCACAGCAGAACCUGCAUCCGCUUUGUUCACAGCUACGUGAGGAUCAACUGGGCAAACAUCUCGCCAGCAAUGCAGUACAAUUUCAACAAGGAGAACACCAACAACCUCAACACGCCAUACGACUACUCCUCCGUGAUGCACUAUGGGAAAACCGCUUUCUCCAUCAACGGGUGGGACACCAUCACUCCUAUUCCUGAUGCAUCAGUGCAGAUCGGACAGAGAGUGGACCUGUCCGCCAUCGACAUCCUGAGGAUCAACACCCUCUACGGGUGCUGAGAUUCUCAC